CAGACCAUCGUCCGUCUCGUUGCUCUGCAGACGUGUGCGUGACCUAUCUACGGAUUUCCCUUUAACUUUUUUCCCUUUCUUUUUCUUUUUUAAUUUUCUGUUUUUGUAGGCUACUAUUUUCCUUUUCACAUUCCUUACAAGUCUUUGGAAUGAACAGCUUUCCCGCCUGCGCCGUUUCCAUGUCAGCAUGGGAACUGCUGUGUCCAAAAGGAAGAAUUUAAGAAACGAUGCGAUAUCUUCUGUGGCAGCAAAAGUUAGAGCAGCACGAGCAUUUGGAGAGUACCUGUCCCACACGCACCCUGAAAACCGAAACGGAUCAGCUCAUCUUUUGUGUGAAACCUUGGUGGGUUCCGAUCCAGAGUCACCAAGUGAUACCACUGGCCCCGACAGCAACAACCAUCUCCCUCCCUGCUCUACCAUCAAGGCCUGUGAGGACAAGCCAGAGGCCAGCCUAGCAACAGAGAAGCUGGUAUUACUCCAGCCUGCUCUUCCAUCGAUUACCAUAUCUACCAAGUCUUCUCGUCUGUCCCUUGAACAUAGCUUCUCAGCAGAAGAAGACCAACAGAAAUCUGUUGAGUGCAACUUGCAACCUGCCUGUGUGUAUACCAUCACCACUGAGCACGGCAUGUUGAUGAGCAGCGGCCGGGGCAGUAAGGAGAACCUAGAACUGGAUGUCCUAAAGGAGAAGUCGGGGAGUAGUGGGGUAGGGUCUAGAGGUGCCACGAUCCAGCCCUCCACUUCCCCGUCUUCCGCUUCAUCAUCUCCAACCCAAUAUCACCGUGCAAGCAGCAGUCGGGCAAUGAGCAGCCUUGCAGGAAGCCACCAUCACAGCAACCAUCACCACAGCAAUCAUCACCACGGGAACCACCACCACCACACUGUCUCUGGCACAAAUGCACCUUCUAACAAUGGAGGAAGCAGCAUGGCAAGUGGCAGCAGCAGUAGUAAUCAGCAGCAGCAGUUAAAUGUGUCCCACUCCCAUCAUGCAUCACAGCACCACAGCCAUCACCACCAUCACUUGUCCCAACCUCUGCUGCAGACCUCUGUCAGUGCCCACAACAUUCGAAGCUGGGGUGAAGGUGGAAAAGGGGAGGCGGAGUGCAGCGGUCUGGCUUGUGACUCAUGCAGUGGUGCUCCCUCACGUAGUCAAGGCUCCUUGGACCUGGAGAGCACAUCUCGAGACGCAGGCAAGCAGCACCGACGCCUAGAGCGGAUGUGGAGUGUAGACCGGGUGACUGGGCUGGAGAGAGAGGACACUAACUGGUUCCCAAAGGAAAAUAUGUUCAGCUUUCAAACAGCCACAACAACCAUGCAAGCGAUAUCGAACUUCCGGAAGCAUCUUCGGAUGGUGGGCAGCAGAAGGAUUAAAGCACAGACAUUCGCUGAACGUAGAUCGAAGAGUUUCAGCCGUUCCUGGAGCGAUCCCACACCUGUCAAGACUGACUCUCCUCAUGAACCCAGAGACAGUGGGGACCUGCAGACCCCCGGUGGCACUGUGGAGGAAGGAGGGAUUGAUGACAACUUAGACUGGGAGGAGGAAAGAGAGAUGGAGAGGCUGGCCUGUGAGGGAGAUGACUUUACACCUCCUAAAAUCAUGCUGAUCUCUUCUAAGGUUCCCAAAGCAGAGUACAUUCCCACCAUAAUCCGCAGGGAUGAUCCAUCAAUCAUCCCCAUCCUCUAUGACCAUGAACAUGCAACUUUUGAUGAUAUUUUGGAGGAAAUAGACAAGAAGCUCACAGCUUACAGGAGAGGAAGCAAAUUCUGGAGGAUGCUCAUCUUCUGUCAGGGAGGACCUGGACAUCUGUAUUUAUUGAAGAAUAAAGUGGCAACCUUUGCUAAAGUGGAAAAGGAGGAGGAUAUGAGCCAAUUCUGGAAGCGGCUCAGUCGAUUCAUGAGCAAGUUAAACCCAGAGCCAAACCUCAUCCACAUAAUGGGAUGCUACGUUCUGGGGAACCCCAAUGGAGAGAAGCUGUUCCAGAAAUUGAAGAAUCUGAUGAGGCCUUAUUCCGUUGAGUUCGAGUCACCGCUGGAGCUGUCUGCACAGGGCAAAGAGAUGAUUGAGAUGUACUUCGAUUUUCGCCUCUACCGCCUUUGGAAGACUCGCCAACACUCCAAACUCUUGGACUAUGAGGAUUUUUUGUGACAGACGCCCAGGCAGGGAGUGCAGCGGAGCCCUCCAGUGCAACGAGGACCCUGUUAAAGCUAAUCUGCUGAUCGAACAUUGCUCAACUGUAGUGCUCAGGCUGUCGACUCAACGUAAACAGUCAUACCUGCUUUCAUCCAGGAGAGGACUAGAGGAGGGGGAAAAGGCAGUAACAGAACAAAGAAGCUGAGGAUAAAGAGCUGUGACUCCACUCUUCAAAGACUAACAGAAAAAAGGUGCAAACAGAAUACAUACAGGAAAAAAAGAGGAAAAAGCCUGACAACCCACAUCAUAGUCACGAAAUCCUUAUGCCUUUUGAGUUUCACAGCAAAAUCCAGAAUUUAAAGAAAUACAAAUAAAAACAAUAUCAAAUUAUAUAUAAAAAAAUAUUUUAGUCACACCUCUCUUGUGAGGCCAUGCUUUUUGAAGCUGAUGUACUUCAGAAAAAAUGCCGUAACUCAUUCUGUCUUAAUGUGGUUCUGUGUUUUGACUGGACCUCUCAGAUAUUGUCAGACCCCUGAGACAUACAUGUACAUAAAUAACCCAUGUCUUAAUGUGCGUAUAGUUCUCAUGAAUAUUAGCAUAGCUUUAGUCAUGCAAAUAAUACUCUAUAUCAGAUUAAUGAUUCAUCAUUUAUUUUUGAUGUGCAUUGUUGUGCACUUUCAUAUGGAAAUACUUUUUAAUAACUCAGGUUUUAGCCAUGAAGUUAUGAAAAUGUUUGUUUAUUCUAUCAUAAUAUUGUAAUAUCCAAUUCCAUUGCUUUGAAUGAAUGAAUGUAUUAUCUCUUUAGAGAUCUGUGUUUGGUUUGAGAAGCUGAACAUCAUGUCUAAUGUGCAAAGAGUGUGUGUUUUUCAUGUUAAAAGAUAGAAAAGCUGG